CGAGUGAGUUGGGUUGUUGAUAGCAUGUGUCGUGCCACUGAUCGUCCGCGAGCUUUGCGACGAUUACGUGGAUAACUUAAUGCGCGACGGUGCGUAUGAGCUGCCGUCAGGCCAUCGCCCUCGAUCUCGUUGUCGCCGUUCCCUCGAGGAAUUAACCCCUCGCAACGUCAAGCGAGCGCGGAGGUAGAAGAGAGUGAGAGCAUCGCUUGCUUCGCGCACCGGGCUCCUCGCCUCCUUUUUCUUCGCUAACCUUUGCGUCCACGUAGAAUGAACAGUAAGCGGCAAGAUUCGGAGAGCAGGCUUCUUACUGUCAGCACUCCUCUUCCCCCAACCUCUCCGGAAGAAAUCGACGAAAUUGCUGACACGGAGUACGAGACAGUCGGCAACGCAACCAUGGGCGACGUACUCACAAAGGAGCACAAAGACGGCAGUACCAGCGAGGGGCUAGAAAAUAAUGUGUCGAGAAGCGAGGAUAUCGAGACCGUCAGUGCUACUGUUGUCCAAAAAUUCAAGCCGCCACCACCACCAUCGCCUCCUCCAGUGGAGGAUCUGACCGAGCAGCAACUCCUCAAUGUUUGUCCCGAGCCUGAAUCAGCUCUGCUCUCUGAGGGGAAAGUUGAGAUUAAAGACAAUCGAUUGUCAGGAGAAGUCAUAUUAAAUAGCAAAGAUAUUGUAAAAAGUAAUAAAAAUAAUAUAUCCAUGGGAAACAAACAAAAGAUCCAUAUUGUCAGUACUACCACUGACAAUCUAUGCAACUGUGAAGACUGCAAAUGGAAAAAAAGAGAUUUGUCAGCAGAAGACUUGCAAGAAAUGAUGAAAUUAAGAGGUCUUGGAAUGGAUUUAAGACAAUACAUAAGAUAUACAUUUAAUUGGUUCAUGGAAACAUCUGGGUUUUCUAUGAAUGCCCCUACUUCAUCACUGCCUCAACAACCUCAAGGUCUUGAUUCAAUAGAAAACUUUUUUGAACUUAGAGAGUCUGUGGUUUUGCUAUGUGAUAGAGUACCUUAUCACUUAUUUAUGUGGCUAGUAGGUCAAGCACAAGAAUUUGUGAUAGGUGUAAAAGUUCAAUUAUUGACUCUUCUGUAUGAUCGUAGUAUUGAUAAUCUGGCAGAAGUUUUUUUAACAAAGUUAUUAGAUGGAUAUGAAGCAUUAUUAGCAACGGCUGUACAUAUUUCUGAUUUACUAGAACCUUUACAAAAGGAACUUUUUAGUAAAGUUAAUUUGACAUGGGGAUAUAUUAAUAAGAGUCUGUAUCAAAAUUAUGUUUAUAGUGACCCCUUGAUACAAAAUAAUUUGCCUCCAUUUAUUGGACAGUUAAGAAAACAUUUGCCAAUAAAAGGUUCAGAGUAUCAUUAUCUUGUUCAUCGUUACCUUGCAUUUGAUGAUGAAAUUACAAAAAUUGGUAGUUUAUGCCCAGAAAUCGAACGACUUAUUGAUAAGUAUAACGCAGAACAAGUAACUGGUUCUGUAAUGAAAAAGGUUCGAGAAGAUUUUGAACGGUUUAAAACUAGACUGAAAGUUGGUCAAUCAAUUUCAGGUGUUAAUUUAAAUAAUAAAAUCGAAUUUGUGAAAGAAGUGGAAGAUAGUGAUAGCUCUAUACAAAAUGAAGAAAUUUUAAAUAAAAGCUCUGAUCUUCGAUCUUGUUCACUUCCAAAUGCGGUUGAAAUACAAAGCAUGUUUAAUGAUUGGAAAAAAUCUCCUCAACAGAGGUUAGCAGACUUAGUAGAAGCAUUAACAUUAUCAUCUACAUUAGAAGAAGACAAGAAAUCCAUAAUUGUAAAGGAGAAAAAAUGUUAUCCAUCUUGUUUAGAAAAGACAGUAAAAGAAGGCAUUAAUAAAUCUGUUUCAUGUCAAAAACAAGCUUGCAAAUGUUAUAUCAAUAAUUCUACUAUUGAUUCAAAUUUUAGUCUCAAGCAAGAAAAUUCGCAGAAUGGUACAGUAAAUCAUUGUACUAUUGAAAAUCCAAAAGAUCAAGUGCAAGGAAUAAGAAAUGAAUCUACUACUGAUUGCCCUGCUCUUUCCCGAUACAUUUUAUUAAAACCAAGCAUAGAAAAUUGUAAAGAACCUGUAAAAAAAGUUUCAAAAAUUAUGAUGGCUUCGACAUCUCAAACACAAACCAGACAUUCUACCACCCAAACUCCACAUGUAACUCACAAUCAAGGUUCUUCUCAUUCUCAUUUGCACGGAAGUUUAUCCAAUGCUGUAAUUAAAUCCUCUGGUCCUCAUCGAACACAUGUAGGUCAUAACAAUCAUCCAUCAGCAGCAGUAGCUUGUCAUAAACAGCAGCAUAUAGUCGAACAUAUUAAACGAUUAUCAACCAGUGAUUUGAGCCCCGGUGAAAAUGGUGAUUGUUCAGAUUCUGGAAGUAGCCAUGAAGAUUCUUGCUCAACGACAAAUAGUCCAACUCCUAGGGAUUCAAAUCGUCACUGCGAUUGUUGUUACUGUGAAGUAUUUGGACAUGGAGUGCCGUCCGUGGCUCCAGUUAGUCGGAAUUAUAACGAGAUGCGUGAGAGGCUUAGACAACUUUUAUCAAAAAAGAAAGCAAAAGUAUGUAUAGCAGCUUGCAACCCUCAUACAAAAAGUUCUGUCGAAGUGUCAUCUUCUUCUUCAUCCUUAUCAUCAUCAUCUUCAACCUCAUCAACAAUAACAAAUGUAGAUGCAAUUACAUUACCUAAUACGGCGUCAAGAUCAAAUACACCUGUUUCAACUAAUUUCAAUACUCGACCAACUGUCGUUACAAAAACUAUCAAUACUGUUAAUACAGCCAUACCUAUCGUUGAAAUGAAAUCUGCACAAGAUCAUUGGUCUAUUGAGGCUGCGGUAGAAUUCAUCGAAGGUAGUCAAAAUGGAAAAAAAGAUAAAAAGAAAGCUGAAAAGAAAGCACGGCAAAAACAAAAAAAGCUUGAAGAAAAAUUGAAAAAAGAGAAGGAAGCGGAGGAACAAUUAAAAUUAAUAGAGCUUCAGAAGAAAACUCCAGAGGUGACUAUAACUGUAGUAAAUCCUCAAAAACAAAUCUCUUCUCAAAAGACAGUGCCACAACAAAAGUUUCCGGAAGUAUCAAUUCUUCCUACUAUUGCAACACCACAAUCAUCAUUUUCAAUUUUAAAACAAGGAAAUAUACCUAAAAAGAAAAGUAUAGAAAUAACUAAUAGUAAUGUUAAAAAUGAUAAUAAAAUUAAAUUGUUGUCAUUAUCAGUACCAACAUCGACAACGAUGGUGGAAAAUAUUAAAAAGACUGCUAGUAUAGGAAAAAUAAAAACACCUGAAAAAGAUGAACGUGGAGUUAUUCCUCAAAUAAUUAUUCCCAAUAAUACAGAUAUGAGUAAUUUAACUAAAAAAGAAAGGAAGAAAUUAAGGCGUGAAAUGGAAAAACAAGAAGCACUGAAGAAUGAGCUCGAGAGUAAACAAUCAACUUCAGAAAGUCAAUCUCAAAUUGUCACAAUUAAAAGAAUUAUGGAAUCAAAUAAUGCUGAACCAACUGUGACGAUCACAUUGAAGGGCCAAACACCGGCUGAAGAUAGAGUUUUAUUUACUUUAGUUAACGGUCAAACGAAAGAUUCAUCAGCAGAAAAACAGUCUCAAGCUUCGUAUAAAAAAAAGAAAAAUAAGGGUAAUAAUAAUUCAUGUAAUCAACAGCAACCACAAACUGCCAAUAAAUUUCGAUCUUAUAAUAAUAACAAUAGUAAUAAUAUUAAUAAUAGUAAUAGUAAUAGUAAUAGUAAUAGUAAUAGUAAUAGUAAUAGUAAUAGUAAUAUAAAGUCUGAGCAAAGCCAAAAGCAAGAAGUGAAAAACUCGAAAAAUCAGCAUGCAAAUAAAGAUAAAUCUAAAACUGGAAAACAACAAGAAGAAUCUAAAUCACGCCACCAACAAAAUAAUAGUAUUCUUGAGACUAAAAGUAUACAAUCUAAAAAGGAUAAAAAGAGAAAUAGUGAAAAUAUGACUGUGACUCAGCCUACCAUUCCAAAUAAACAACAGCAACAAAAUCAGCAACCUACUAAUACUAAUUCCAAUAACAAAAAUAAUUAUUGCAAAGAAACAAAUAAUACACCAUCUAGUAUAAAUAUUGAAAAUUUAAAACUUCCUCCUGGUAUCACCAUCACUAAAGUCGAUGCUCCAGUAAAACCUCUUCCUUUAAAAUCGACCACUGCUCCAAAACCUGCUAACAACUCACCAAAACAGACUACAAUUAUUGCUGCACCAAUGAGUGGUAUCCAAACACCAAAUUAUGGAAGUUCACAAGGUACUGGAAAUGUAAUUGUCGUUGAUACAGGAAGAUUGAAACAAGAUUUAAUACCAAAAAAUAUAGAUAAAGAUGUAUCGAAGGACUCGAAUAAUCAGUCAUUAACAUCGAAAAAAAAGAAAAAAAAGAAAAAUAAAAAUCCAAUUUUAAUGAAUGGUAAUGAAAAAAGUAAUAAUGGCAUUCACUUAUCACAAAGUAACAAACAUCAGCAGCAGCAUUCGAGCGACUACCUAAAUGUUGAACCUGCGCGAAUACUUCACAACCCUUCGACAAAUAUGGUGACGAUAAGAAACCCAGCAUUUGGACCACCACCUCCAAAAAUAGAGCCUAGUACACAGCAAGCAGCAAUCAUUAAAGUCGCAGAGAACGGCAUGGUAACGAUUCGAAGUCCGGCUCUUCAACAGGCUAUCAACGCAGGUUUGCAGCCACCACCGAAACCUGAUUUUAUAGUCAAAGGAAGUACCACAACAAAUGAUUCUGUUAAGGUCAACGGUAACAACAGUUUCAUGAAUAACAGCGAAUUAUCAAGCACUGUAAAAAGCUCUACUGGAAUUCAAUUAUCAUCUGAUCUCGCAGAAUUACGUAGAAGAUUAUCUCAACAACCUGAUCACGAUAGAACAUCUGCAACACUUUUCAAUAAUGGUCUCUCUAGUAUCCAAAUUAGCAAGGUGACGAACGGUCAGUCGCCAAAUAUUCCCGAAAAUGGAAUUAACUUAAAGGGUACGAGUGUAACGCUGACAAAAAUUAGGAACACUGAUCCAUUUAACAAUAAUCAGCAACAACAAUAUUUUGAGGAGUCAAAGGGAAACAGUUUGUAUGGAAAUGCAAGUGCCAAGAGUCGUAAGAAGAAGAAGCGAGGAAAUGGAGUGCGACAAUGUGGCGAUGACUGGAACCUCGUUGAGAGCGUAUUCACGCCCAAAGAUAUAGACCUUGAGGACGGCGAGAUGGACGAUGCUGAGCGCGAACUCGAAGCCUUCAAGCGAUUCUGUUUCCAAUCAGUACCUCCACCACGUAAGGAAAAGGUCAAUCUCAACAUCAAGGACAUCGUUCUCAAAAAGAAGUCCUCGUCCUCGGUGACGUCGACGGCGCCGGCAGCCUCUGCUGCAACGACGGCUGCUGCCGCGGUUGCAGCCAUAUAAAAAUCACCGCCAGACCAAACACUUAACAAAUGCACCUAUACAUGCACACGCACCCGAUACACACAAGCGAGCGAGCGUCAACUGUCCUGUAUUUUGUCGUUAUGCUCUUUUAUUAUAAUGUUUAUUAUUAUUAUUAUUAUUAUUAUUAUUAUUAUUAUUAUUUUACUUAACAUAAUGCAUAAGGAUGAUUCUUCUAAGAACUACCGUGUCUUUGGUAAAUACAUUGCACGGUAUUUCUUGUGAAUACAGCAUUGAAUUCGUUGUAAUAAAAGAGUAUGUGAUUGUAAUUUUCAAAAUACUUGCUCAGCUUAGUCUCUUUUCCUCCUUAUUUCAUCCCUCCGCCUCUCUCUCUCUCU